AUGACAGUGGCUGAGAAUGAAGCCAAGUUUACAGAAUCGGCUAGAUUUGCAUUGCACAUGGUCGACACUGACUAUAAGAAAGCGAGAAAGUCCGAGGGCGAUCUCCGCAAUGAUAUUUUGGAAAAGGUGAAUGUGUUGAAACUGUCCACUUACAUUGAUCUACUAGAUCAGACUUUAAUGUUAGAAACUAAUAUGGCCAAUCAGAGUAGACCACCAACUGACUGUAAAAGAAAGAGGCAGGGCUUUUUCUCAAAGAAGGAAUCAUUGAAAAAGUGGAAUACGGGAUCCUCAAGCACUUCAAGCUCUACCAAAGACACGACACCAACAUGUAAUCAAUAUGGUAAGAAACAUUAUGGGGUUUGCUACCGUAUUUCUGUGGUUUCUUUUAAAUGUGGUAAAAUGGGACAUAUGGCAAGGGAUUGUACCCAAACGAAGCAACAAAGAAGUGGAAAACCGGGGGCUAGCUCAGCCGGAUCGAUCCUAAUACCAGGGAAUACUACGAGGCCUACUACUACCAAAGACACAAUAAGAACAACACAUUCCUUUGUGUCUACUGCAUUUGCAUCUAGAUUGAAUAGACCCCUAGAAUCAUUGCCUUAUUUGUUGUGUGUAUCUGCUCCAUCUAGGAAGUCUGUGUUGUGUACGUUUGUAUAUUGUUUUUGUGAUAUGCAUAUUGGGAGUGUGACUUUAUAUGUGGAUUUGUUGCCCUUGGAUAUUAGACACUUCAAUGUAAUUUUGGGUAUGGACUGGCUGGCUAAAUACUAUGCCACCAUUGAUUAUGUAACAAAACAAGUUAUAUUUAGACCUCCAGGACAUAAUGAGUUUAUAUUUGUGGAUAAUGGGGAAGUGCGUCCACCUUAUCUGAUUUCAAUAAUGAAAGCAUAUAAACUGCUUAGGAAAGGGUACCAGGGUUAUCUGUGUAGUGUGAUGAUUGAACAAUCCAUUCAUGUUGAACAAGAUAGUAUCCCUAUUUUUAGAGAAUUUCCGGAUGUAUUCCCGGAUGGGUUGUUAGGGGAAUUGGUUGACAGGGAUAUAGAGUUUACUAUUGAUAUUGUGUCGGGCACUCAACCUAUUUCGAAAACUCCUUACAGAAUGUCAACUAUUGAAAUGAAAUAA